AUGGCCCAUCCCGGAGAGCCCGAGAUUGUCGCCGUCGCCGACUCGAUCCUCGAGUCUCCCGAGGGCCCCGAGUACGCCGGCGACGUGAUCAUGGCGACGACCGAGAACCGCGACGUCCCCGGCCCGUCGACGACCUUCCUCCCCAACACUGAGCACACGCACAACACUCCCCCUCCUGCCACCACUUUUACUGCAGAGGCAGACGCAGCCGCAGCUGCACCCGCCGCUAGAGGCCCUCCUCCCCGUGCUCCAUCGCCUACAAUCCCCGAUCUGCGGCGCAUUCCUGGCGCCAGUGCCGCCGACGAUGAUGACGACGAGGACGACGAGGUCGUCGCCCGUCUCCCCGUCUACCUCUCCCCGGCCCUCCACCCCUCCCUUGCCAUGUUCCAGUAUCCACUCCAGCACCGUUCCCUCCGCGUGCCCGGCUGGGCCGCCGACCGCGGCAAGCGCAUCACCACGCGCGUCAAGGAGAGCGUGGGCCGUGUCGAGAUCGAGGUCCCUGUCGACGCCGACCCAAAGGUGUGGCGCGACGAGCGUGCCCGUGACCUCGGCUAUGUCCCCGACAUCAACUCGCAUGCCCGUGAGAAUGGGCAUGCGGAGGUUGAGGGUGGUGUGAAGGGCAAGGGGAAGAAGGCGGUCGAGGCCAAGUGGGGCGACAAGAUGCGUCUCCGGAGUGAGAACGUGCCCGUCGCCAGCGGCCUGACGCACUUUUCGGGCAUCGUGCAUGAUGGCGCUCUGCACCUGCACCCGAUCACGCGUGUGCUUCAGUUCCGCACAGCUUUGACGUACCUCGACGACUUUGACACCAAGAACCGCCGUGGAACCCGCGCCGAAGAGGAGGAGGAGAAGAAGAAGGCCGCCGCCGCGCCGAGGAAGGACAUGCCCAAGAGCCUGGACGACCCCAACAACGAUGGUUCUGGUUCGAUCAAGGACUUCCGAAACAAGAUGUGGUCCACGGCACAGAAGGAGGACGAGGACAAGUGGGUGACAUACGCGUGGAACGAGGGAGUAGAGGACAGCAAGGUCACCGAGUCGCUGGAGCGCUUGCUCGUCCACGAGGACAAGCGUGACAUGCUUGAGUGCAAGUCUCGCGGCCUGGAUUACCUUGAUCGCCAGCACAAGUGA